AUGAGCAAACAAGUAAUGUCGUAUGGGUCAACUAUUUGGUCAAACUGCUCAGCUGAUAUCUUGACGAGAAUCCUCAAGCUGCAAAAACGUGCUGCUCGAGUAAUUUUGGGAGCUGACACAAGAUCAAAUAGCGUAAAUCUCGUUAAUAAAUUAGGGUGGGUCCCAUUUUAUGACGAAGCUAAAGUCAAGUGUUCGCUAGUCCUGAAUCGCCUUCAAGAAAACUGCCCCAGCUACAUGUAUGACCUUCUUAAAUGCAAUGCAGAUUUACACACAUGCAGUGGGCGGUACAGUGCCUUAAACCUCGUCUGCCCCAGAUAUAAUCGCGAAUCUGAGGGA